CGGAAGGUGAAGCUUGUCCUUGCAACAGACACUAUGGCAAAGUUUAUCGUCCUCGUAGCGGCGCUCGCGGCCUGUCACGCUGUGCCUGUUGAAAUCGUUGAACUUCCAGACGCUGUAUUCCGUGUGGGCAGGUCGCCCGGCGUGGCAUGGAGCUUCGGCAGCGGGUUCGCCAGUGACAUCGGUGGCAUUCGGCACGCGUCCGGUCAGUCCAGCUCCUUCCAGAGCGGGGACGCGCAGGCAUACGGAUCCGGAUUCGCCAACGCUAACAACAACUAUGCCAGCAGCAACGCUUUCGCUCAAGCACCACAAGUAGUGCAGAUCCCGGCCAUCCAACAACAUGUAGUACAGCAACCAUCCCAUCAAAACAAUUAUGUAAUACAACCCGUCCCCCUCGUCCACUACAGUGUGGCGAAGCAACCGACUCAGCAACAUACCGUGGUCCAGCACCCUGUCAGCCACCAACACGCCACCGUUGCUCAUCAACCAACCCACGUCACCACAGUGUCGAAAAAACCUAUCUACCCCAUUACCAGCAACAUCGGCAACUACGGAUCGGCAAGCUCCGCGGCCGCAACAAACUCUUAUAACGGAUUCGGUUCCGCUACGUCCAACGUUUACAACAACGGUUUCAACCAACACCAGACCGCGGCUGCUUCAGCGCAAAACUACAACGGCCUAGGCUACGAGUCGGCAGUAGCGUCCGCAAAUACUAACGGAUAUGGCCAAGGAUCCGCUGUAUCCUCAGCACAAAAUGUUGGCAACCAUGGAACCGCCGUGUCUUCCGCACAAACUCUCGACAGAUUCAAUAACUUUGAAUCAGCCGUUGCGGCAGCAGAGAACUACGGCAACUACCAGGCGAGCACCGCACAGACCAUCAAGCAGAGAGGCAAUCAGGUGCAGCAAAGCAUCGCCAGCAGUGUCAACGCACCCGGUUUCCAAGGAGCCAAUGCGAACGCAUACAACACUGGCUUCUAUUAAACCUCUGUAAUUUUAAUAAUUUAAUUUAAUAUUUAUUUCGAUUAAUUUAUUUUUUUAGAAAAUACGCUGAUUGCAUUUAUAAUUUGUGGAAUUUAUUAAAGAGCCUCUGUGAAA